AUGGUCGCAAACCGAGCUGAAGCCCUCGCGGAGGAGCUGCACGAAAGCAAACAGGCGCAUAACAAGGACAAGGGAGCACUCACUGCUUCCAAACUAGAAGUUAUCAAUCUCCGGAAGCAGCUGCGGAUGUCGGAGCACAGACAGAAGGUCGCCGAAGGUGAUCUACAGCUCUUGGUCCUAAAGUGCAAAUUCCGGGAAGGAGAUGGUGAAUGCUUCGAGGGAGUGGAAGCAGUUCAUACCGACGACAAGGCGCUCAAAGCUAUUCUACCCGACGCGCCAGUCCACCCUCCAGAGAUGUACAAAGCGCGUUCGGAUCGGAAUUCGAAGGUUCAGAACAGCGCGCCUUCGGUAAACCCAGAACCAGGUCGCCACUUGGACCAUCUCGUCCUUGAUCUAGAGGACGAAGACACUGCCGACUCUAGCCAUGGUACUAAGCGGAAAUUUGAUGAAGCAAACUCAGAAGAGUCCAACGAUAACCCGGCAAUGUCGAAUCCUUCCCCAAGCCGGCGCCUGAUCGUGUGCAUCAGGUGCUAUCAGCUGAAGCUUCGCUGCGACACCGGAGAACCCUGCAACAACUGCGUCUCAUUCAACCACAUCUGCAAAAGGGCCAAGUGUAACGACUACGAGGUUGGGGCGUGUAGGCGAUCCGGCUGCCUAAGAGCACACCGCGCGGAUGAGAAGGCAUACAAGAACAUCGUUCGCGCAGGACAUAUUCCAAGGACCGACCCUUCCAGGCCGAUAAUCCCCAGGUCAAAGAAGCAGCGCAAGGACGACGAUGACGGAGAGGGGGGUUCGGGAAACUCUGGGGGCGGUGGCACACGUACUGGCAUUGCUCUUCCUUACUAA